GGGGGCUGAAAGCAGCGUCGCAAGAGGCCGGGUUCGUAGCUUGGCAUUCCACAUGGAUUUCACUGGAGGCUUGGACGACAAUCCGUGGGCACCUACUGCCACGGCCGCGGAAAUCAACGUAUUGCAAAGGAAGCCAGACUCACCACCCUUGGAGCACAUUUCACAAGACCUCGACAUGUUCGACCCGUGGGCUGAUCCCACCCGCGCACAAUUACCCGACUUCAGCCUUGGACAACGUCCCGAAAGCAAAGUAGACAUAGACUACAGGGAAGAGGAAGAAACUCAUGAUGUCGUAGCAAAAGAUACCGAGGUCGCAGACUUUCCAAACGGCCUCUUUUACAUACGGUCAGUGCUAUCACACAAGGUGCUUGAUGUUCGUGGGGGGUCAAAGAAAGCAGAUACGCAAAUUGUUCUUUGGUCACAAAAGAAGGAUGGAAUACAAACUCAAAACCAGCUGUGGCUGUAUCAUGAGGGAUUUGUAGUCAAUGUCAAUUCUAGACUUGUAUUGGACAUUCGAGGCUCUCUCAGUCCUAAUGAUCUCGAUACCGCCAAGAUCAUACAAUACAAUCGCAAAGAGAAGGAGGAGGCACAUAAUCAACUUUUCGCUUUUGAUGAAGGUAGAAUAUAUUGCCAGGCGAAACCCCACCUUGUACUAGAUGUUGCCGACAAAGCCUCAGACGAAGGUGUGGAAGUCAUCAUUAAUGAACGUGACGAUGAUCGAGUUAGUCAGAUUUGGUCAUUUGAAGAGGUACAAGCUUCCUUCGACAAGGAAAAAUUAUUAGGUGUAGGAAAAUCCCAUUGGUGGAAAUAAAAUGAGGAAGGGAUUUAUUAUUGAAGAUAAAGAGCGUUGCCAGAAGAACAUUGAGAUGGUAGUUGAUAUAUGACCUUGGUAUUUUGGUGUGAAAUACCUUCCAUGGCCAUCUAUCGACUCCGUUGUCUCCUCCGUAGGUCAUAACGAGCGAAUCAGCCAGCGGCGCACAGAUCGGCCGGCCUAGUCAAACGUACGUAGGUACUGCUCACUAUUUUACCUGUAACUUCAUACAAUCAAAUUACGUGAUUAUUAGUAGAUCCCAAGAGAAGACAAUGGAAUGGAUUCCAUUUUGUCGAUCUUUUUUUCCCAUCUUUCAUAUUGUGUAGCACAAAAGGAUCCAUAUUUUUGAUACUGAGAUGGGCUACGCGAUGGCAAGCGUUGGAUAGAGAGGAGACAAAAAGUUGCUUCUUUCAGCACAACUGUUACCACUUUCUAUGUUAUUCUAUGGCUGACUUGAAAAAUAAAGGGAAAUUCAAGACGCCAAAUGAUCUGGAC